UAAUUUCCAAACGGCAAUAGCUAAUAGGUCAAUUUUAGUAAAGCAACAUUAAUUUAUAGCAUCAAGUGUGACAGAUAUGAGGGCUAUAAAGGCCUACACCCACUGAUAUUUUUUUACACCAGUACUGACAAGUAAAGUUGUAUAGAUUCCAUAGAAUUAUAAAAAGGGCGCGUUUCUUUUUCAAAAAUCGCUGAAUCGUGGAAUAUGGCGAAGGGUUAAAAGUUAAUCCGAACAUCAACAACCAAGAAGCAUAGAAAUUAGAAGAGAAAUACGGUUUUACAAAACGUGAGAAAAUUAAGCGAACAGGGAUUUUUGAAGGUGCAGAUCUAUGUGCUGUCUGGUACAAUUUCAGUCCAAUGCAUCCAGUGACGUGUAUACAACAUCUGUCGUAUACUGUUAGGCCUAGAUCUGCGGAACAUCGGUAUUGAAGAUCCACUUUUCAAGCCGUAUUACGACUGGAAUAAUGUUAAGUGCUGGUAUUAGAAACUUCUGUUGCAUUUGUACUUGUAUGAAAGUGUCAAAUUAAGAAAACCCAAUGUGCUGUAAGGUGUCUACUUUAGCAUAAGUCAAGGCCAGAUGAUUUCUCUUUGAUUUGACAGCAACCUUGUGCAGCUAAUCAUCAUGGAAGAUAUGUCCCCAAACUUGACCAUGAGCCCGAGUAACCAAGACUCAUCACAUCACAAGCUCCUAGAAUACUACCUAUCGACGGCGAGUUACUACAUCAGCUACAUCGGCAUCGCCGUGGCUCUUUUCGCUAUGGGUUGCAUCAUCUCCAUCAAAGAUUUCUCCGAUAAAGACAAACACAUGUCAAAAAGUGUCGUCAUAGGAAUCGCCUUCCAAUCCGUCUUCCAACCCCUGAUCGGGUACGGGCUCGCCGUCAUACUGCAUUUGGAUGUCAACGAAGCAAUGGCCAUGAUCAUCCUGGCAUGUUGUCCGGUAUCACCCUUCUGUGCCGUGUUCGUCUACUAUGGGGAAGGUGUCGUCAUUGUCGGGUUAUCUCUCGCCAUGUUCUCCACAGCCCUAUCCGCAGGGCUGAUUCCGUUUUGGUUCUCCGUCCUCUCUCGAACCUGGACACGGGAGUAUAUCGUCAUUGGCCCUCCAUCUGACAUCGGUCUUGCCGAACUGGAAAUAUUCAUACCCACAGCCCUGGGUCUUUUGUACAAGAGAGUACAUGGGAAGAAGAAAGCACGGCUAAUGGCCAAGGUUUGCAGCAAUGCUUUCUGGGUGGCCGUCAUCAUCAGUCCUAUCCUGAACGGCAUCGCCUAUCCCCAGGACUUUGUCGCUGACUGGCAUGUAUGGACCGGCGCCUUCGUCCUCCCCUUAUCCGGCUUCUUCUGCGGCCUCCUCCUCUCCCUCUACUUCAACCUCCCCUUUCAAGUCUGCAGCGCCAUCUCGCUGGCUGUCGGCACGCCCAACUGGUUCAUCGCCAAGAGUCUCGCCACCAGGUUCUUUUCCGAGGACGAGGAGACCCUCCACGGUGUCUUCGCGCUCCUGUCCAUCAUCAGUAUCACCCUACCCAUCGAAGGGUUCAUUUGGUCUAUCAUGUUCCGCAGCAUCCAGGAAUUCUUCAUGGAGUUGUCUCCCAAGUGCUGCUGCAACGAUGCGGAUGAUGAUGACGAUGAUGACGAUUUUGCUAUCAUAGAAAUGGAUGAUGCGGCAUCUCCACCACCAGUGGAAAUUAAAGUUUCUCACCAUUUUGAUAUUGAUGAGACUGAAGCUUGAUCUAUAGCAGGAAUUGAACUCCUAAAUCAGCUUGCUUGCUCCCAUCUCUAGUUCCGAGGAGAAAAGUGGUUACUGAUAAGAUGCAGAAGGACAUUCUUAUUGCCAAUAUAUAAUUUCCUUGCAUGGAUAUUUUAGCCCAAAUUGAGGCUUAUACAGGCUUGGCCUUCACGAUAUUAUUGAUCAGUAUAUAGCAAAAGCAAUUUGUCGCUAGAAAGCAUUGUAUAGUAAAAUGGUCUAUAAGGCUUAUAGAUGUCUGUAUUCACGAAGUUCAAUCAGAAAUAAGCAUGAGGUUCUGAUGAUGAAUAUUUUGUAGAAUGCUUGAUAGUCAUCAGUGAUGAUUAUGCAGAAAUGUUGCAAGUUACAAAUGAUUUGCCCAUUUUCAGAGGUUUAUCUUUGCUUACAAUGUUUCUGGAAUAGCGUACAGUUCAAUUUGAAUAAUUAUGUGUAAUCACAUUCAUGACUGUUAUAUUUUAUUUUACGAGAUCUGAGCUAUAAGCUUUAGUUUGGGGACUUGAAAUUCUUGAUUCUUAAAUAUAUAUUCAUUUUAAUAUACAAUAUUAUAGUGUAACAUU